AACCUUCGAGGCGCGGAACGAAACCUCGCGGAGAGCCCGUUUAGCCCCGGAACGGCCUCGCCGCCUUCCCGGUUUCCCACCCGGGGCUGUGGGGAGUGACGGACCGCGAAGAUGGCGGCGCCCACGCGAGUGAACCACGUGUGGGUGGGGGCCGAGACCGGCGCCUUUAAAGGUGUGAACCUGCAGAAAAAAGUGGCCACCAACGUCGUGGGGGGGUCGGGGCUGAGCCGGGGCCGGGGGGUCUGCGCUCUGUGCUGGGGGGACCCCGCCCAGACCGAGGUGAGUGCUCGUGGGGUCCUGGAUCGCUCCGUGAGGGUCUUCAACACCGAGAAGGGGAAAUUCGUGGGGUCCCGGCUGUGCCCGGGGGGGGACGGGCCCUUCUGCGGCCUGGGGGCUUUGGGAGCUCCCAUCGUGACGUGUGUGGAGUCGGGGCUGAUCCAGCUGUGGGCCCCCAAUUCACAGCCCCACCUGGAGGUGUCAGCAGGCCCCGGGCUGUGCCGGAUGCGCCAGGACCCGACGCGGCCGCACCGGGUGGGGACGGGGGGGAAGGAGAACGGGCUCAAGGUUUGGGACCUGCAGCGCCCGGGGGAGCCCCUUUUCAGGGCCAAGAACGUGAGGAACGAUUGGCUGGACCUGCGGGUGCCGAUCUGGGAGCGGGACCUGCAAUUCCUGCCGGGAUCCGACAAGGUGGUCACGUGCACGGGGCACGGGCAGGUGCGUCUCUACGACCCCUCGACCCCGGCGGCGCCGGUGCUGGACACGACCCUCGGAGGCCCCGCUGACGGCGCUGGCGCUGCCCCAGGGGACACGUCGGUGGUCGUGGGCAGCGCUCGGGGGGCCGUGACCGUCAUCGACCUGCGCAAAGGGCGGGUGCUGCGGGCACUGAAGGGCUUUGCCGGGGUGCGGGGGCUGCAGUGCCACCCCCACCUGCCCCUCGUCGCCUCCUGCGGCCUCGACCGCUUCCUCAGGGUCCACGGCCUCGAGGAUGGGGGGCUGCGGCACAAGGUGUACCUGAAGUCGCGCCUCACCUGCCUCCUGCUCAGCACACACCUGGACUGGCAGGUGAGAGCCCCCUCAGCCCCUCCCCAAAUUGAGGUGAAAGAGGAGGAGGGGACGAGCUUUGAGGACACCCUGGAGCCCAUCCCCUCCUCCAGGGCUAAGAAAAGGAAGAGUUCGGGGCUCUGA